UUUUACCUCAUUUGCCACACAAUUUCAUCAGAUGUUCGUCAGCUAUGGUGUGAUUGUAGGCAUCGGUGUGUCUAUGAUUCGGGAGACGGCAGUCAUUAUGAUUGGGCAGUACUUCAAGAAGAAACGAGAGUUCGUCGAAAUGUUUGUGAUGGCGAGCACUGGACUCGGAAUCGCUUUCAUGCCUUUAUUCCUAACAUUUGCCAUUAGAGCCAAGAAUUGGAGAUUUGGAUUCCAAGGGCUGGCGUUGAUUACAUUCAUUACGUUUUUCCUGGCGGUGCUCUACCGACCGGCCUCUCUAUAUCAUCCCCAGAGGCGAGCGAUUCUUCACUUAAAGAGUCUGCAAAAACGGUCGCGAAUUAAAGACAAAAUGAAAUGUCACCAAAACUCACAGAAACAGACGUCAAUCAACAGCUCCCAAAUGGCAGCCCUCGAGAAACCGCCUUAUUUUGACUUCUCUGUCCUCAAGUCCAGAACCAUUCAGAUAUUGAUUUGUGGCACUUGUAUCUCAUCCUUUGGCACGACUACACCUUUGCUGUUAAUGACACAACAGGGAUCCGUUGAGAACAUUGAUUAUCACUCACUGAUGGCAUUACAGGCGUAUUUGGGAAUCGGUAUAGUGUUGGGCACGACUGCCAUCGGGGCUAUAAUAGUGAAGAACUCGGUUGAGUGUAUGAUUGCCAGACAAUACUUGUGUCAGGCCUCGUGUUUUAUGCUGAGCGCCAGUCUAUUGGCGUUCACAGCGCUGGACGACUAUCACGGAUACGUCUUGUUUGUGUGGAUCUAUGGCUUCUUCUACGGCGGGUAUCAGUACUCACUUAAGAUGUUUAUAUACGAGAAAGUGAGGGCCCGUAACUUCAACAGAGCCUGGGGUUACGUCCAGUUUUGUCAAUCCAUCCCAACUAUUGUUGGCAUUCCUAUAUCAGCAUUCCUUAACGAGCACUUCGGAGACCGGACGGGAUUUUACUUGUCCUCAAUGUGUAUAGCGUUGGGCUCUUUAGUCCUAUUCUUCAUCGACGCCCAUAAGAAACGAGUGGCAAAGAAGCGGAAGAUUAGUAGUGUUAGCGGAACAGACAUGGCUACGGACCAGUCCAGGAGGUGUUCACACGAACCGUCGAUGGAUUUGCACCAAUACUUGCCCGCACUUCGGGCGCCCAACGACUCGAUGGUCGACAUAAAUCUCAAUCAAUUCAAUUCAAACGGAAGACUCAAUGAUAUGAACGCAUAUAACUCUAUGGCAAACAAUCAAUUGGAUUUGAUCCGCAACGCGAGGACAUCGCGAUCCAACUCCAUCUUCAGCACCACAAUCGGCGGUCCCCUUAACGCUGAGUUGACGUGCAUUUCGGAGGAAAUAGUUUUGGAUAAUAUGCUCGAAGACUCAUUGAUGGACGACUGCAUCACUUCUUGCAAUAAAGAGAACAAAUAUCUUAUGUUAAGUGAAUUCGAGAACAAUUUGAAUGAUAUGUCAGAAGAGGCCAAAGCUAUUAUACGGAAGCGAAAGGAACAGCAAUCCAUUGAAGGCUUUAUAUUAGAUCAACACGAAGACGACUGUCCGCUCUCUAAGGCCAAAGCAUUGGCCGAUAAACACAAGUUUACGUCUAAUCCUUUGCAGAGAAACCAUAUGACGGCCCGACAGAGGAGGGCGUCGUUUGCAGGCAUCGCAUCCGAUACGACCGCAAACAAUAUGGCCAUUGAGUUAAAUGAUGAAAAUCAUAUGACAAUGAAUGGCGAUUUGCAACAUAAGUCGUGUCCUAAUUGUGGCGAUCAAAUCAAAGACGGCUCUCAAUUGAUUCGUCAAAAGAUUGCCGAAGAAGAGGAGAUCGACGAAGAAGACAGUAUUGAUGUAUAAAAUGUAUAGCAUUU